ACAUUAUUAUAAAUACUCUUAAAAUAAAAUGCCAUGUCAUACAUUAUUGUUACAAACAAACAAACAAACAAACCCAUGCCUGUCAGGCGACGAACAGGGUGUAGGAAACAUAUACAGCGUGUUAUUCCUAACAGGUGUUGACUCAGGAAAAUAAAGCAGAAAUACCAUGUCUCCCUUUUCACGUCAAGUGGACACAUUGUUUUAAUAAGCAAUAGACAAGUCAGUGUACCCAGCUUUGGGGUGACGGAGUCGCACGGAUGAAAAUCUCCACCGUCAUUUCGAUGAAAACACGCAGCUAAAGCAGCGACGUGGUCACUCACGUUGUGUCAGAGGAUCACCAGGCUUCAUCACUGUGGUCAUGGCUCCGGGGGUGUGAUCUGAAGAAUUUACCCGACAUGCACGUGUUAAACAUCAGCUGGUUCACUGACAGCAUGAGAGAGGGGAGGCCUGUUGCUGUAGAGACCAGACAUCUUAUUCAGGACACCUUGCCCAGUGAAGGGCCCACACCCACUUCCGUGGCCAUGGUUUCUCAGUACGCCUGCCAGAGACGGACAACAAUCGAAAACAACAACAGCAUUUUCACCGAUGCGUUCGAGGUUUUGGCAGAGAGCUAUGAAUUCAGUGAGUUUGAGGGUCAAUGUCUGGCCUUCAGGAGAGCCGCGUCAGUCCUGAAGAGUCUCCCCUGUGAGGUGCGGCGUCAGGAGGACAUCCGAGAUCUGCCUUGUAUAGGAGAACAUACUAAAGCAGUGAUGGAGGAUAUACUUCAAUAUGGGCAUUCGUUUGAAGUUGAGAGAAUGCUCUCUGACAAAAAGUAUCAAACGCUGAAGCUGUUCACGAGUGUGUUUGGGGUUGGACCUAAGACGGCAGACAAGUGGUACCGCCAGGGGCUGCGCUCAUUCAGCGACGUUCUGACGGAGCCCGGCAUUCAGCUGAACCGGAUGCAGCAAAUGGGUUUUCUGUAUUAUGAAGACAUCUCCAGGGCUGUCAGCAAGGCAGAGGCCCGAGCACUGGGGAGCAUUAUUGACGAAGCUGUCCGUGCGGUCACACCGGACGCCAUAUUAGCACUGACAGGUGGCUUUCGGAGGGGGAAGGAGUUUGGUCACGAUGUGGAUUUUAUUGUGACCACACCAGAACCAGGGAGAGAGAAUAGUCUGCUACCUGACAUCAUUGAAAGACUGAAACAAGAAGGCAUUUUGCUUUAUUGUGACUACCAGGCCUCCACCCUUGAUAUAUCCAAGCUUCCCUGCCUGAGAUUUGAGGCCAUGGACCAUUUUGCAAAGUGCUUCCUGAUCCUCCAGCUGGAGGGAAGCAAAGUGGAGGGCGGUUUGAGCAGAUCUAAGGAGGGCGGCAGGGGAUGGAAGGCGGUGCGUGUCGACUUGGUGUCACCACCUGUGGAUCGUUAUGCUUUCGCUCUACUGGGCUGGACCGGCUCCAGGCAGUUUGAGAGAGACCUGAGGAGGUUUGCUCGAUUUGAGCGGCAGAUGGUUUUGGACAACCACACCCUGUACGACAAAACAAAGAAAGAGUUCCUGGCAGCACAGACUGAAAAGGACAUCUUUGCCCAUCUGGGUCUCGAGUACAUUGAGCCAUGGCAGAGAAAUGCGUAGGCCUCUGCUCCUCCCUUCCUGCCUGGAUGAUACCCUUUGCAUUACAUCAGUGUUCUUCCCAUCUGUUUGCUCGGCUCUGCUGUGAUUCACUUCCAAAUAGCUUUUGAUUUCUAUACACUUAUGUGCCAUUAUUUUUUUGCUGUUUUUGUCUGCUGUGUGAUUCAUUAUACUUCUUAUUCACUAUUGUCUUUUUCAACAUAAACACCCCUUUGUCACUCUUGUCUCGCUCGGUGUAAGUGUUGCAAUUAUAGGGAGAGGCACAAAGAGGAAGCAUUCGGAGUAUGCAUCACUCGGGGAGCCGCUACAGUGCAGGAAAGAAAGGGAGAUUGUAAAAGAAGUGCAGAGAGAAGCAGAAGAGGGAAGAGGGUGACCACAGACGGCGAGAGAAGGAUGGCGAGGGAGAGAAAAACAGGAAACGGUGGGAAAAGUGAGGGGGAGGAGAGCUUUUGUUGAGCAAAAUGUUGUAAUCACCCUCCUCCUGGCAGGAAAGUGCUCAGCAUGAAGCUGAGCCAGGUCUCCAGGGAAUCGGGAGGUGGGUAAUGAGCGUCAGAUGGAGGAGUGUUUGGCAUCGCCAUUUAGCCUCCAUUUAAAAUCUCCGUCCACUGGAGUUUAUUUAGCUGGCAUUCUGUGAUGAAAAGACCCAUAGCCGCCGCUCUUGUUUCACAAUGAGUCCCCUUCCUCAGAUGCUGAGCUGAAAUAAGAGGCACUAAGCUUCACUGGGAAAUUAUGAAGAAUCCAGACGGAAGGUAAAUUAGUCUGCUAACCGUAAAGAAUAUGGAUCUUGGCACUGGAAGCGCCUUUGGCUCGGGUGCAUAAAACAUCAAUUUUCAUAUUGCUUUGACUUGGGCUUAUGUUUUAUGUAUGACAGUUGUUUUGUAUCCUUAUUUUUCAAGGUCCCCAAAUGAAGAUAUUUUAUUGAUCCUUGUGAGCAAUUUGGGUAAGUCCGACUAGUUUAUCCGGUGAUACACACCGUCCUGCUGUCCACACACACAACCCACUUUCCCACGAUGCUCCUACUCUGGUUUAUCCCAUGGUGCCUAAAUGAGAGCAGAGAUAGAUGAGCGCAAGGCCUUCUUGUAAAAAUACACUAUUUAAAGAUUUUGAAGUAGCACAGUCCAGCACUGACCUGGGCUCCUCCCUUUCCCCUUCUUUGUUUUCCUCUCCUCCUUUAACCCCUCUGUCUUUCUUACUCUCCUGCCGCGCUGCUCUUUCAACCUAGCUGACUCAAAACAAACUUUAAAUUUGCAGUGUUAAUCAGGGGGAGCAAGAUCCAACACAAGCUACACCACUGCAAAGAUAAAGAUUAUUUUUUUUACCUUAGAAGAAAAACAUGAGCGAUCCCUCCAGAGUAAAACCAAAUCAAGCUGACCUAAAUACAUUUACAUUUGUCCUGCUGUCUUUUUCUUAAUUGUUUUUCAAGUGCACGUGGGAUUUCUUUUUAUUUUCACAUUAAAUAUUCACCAGUGUAAAGGGAUUUACAGGCUGUAGCAUUCACUUUAAGAACUUGCACAUUGUUGUUGUUUUGGUCUUUGGGAUCUCUAAACUGUUUGUCUAGCUGAAAAAGCCAAGAAUUAAAUGCAGAUGGGGCAAUUCAUUUGCAAGGUCUCACACGCAAUUUUAAGUGAGAACACAGUUACUGUUUCCGUCAAUACGAGAUCGCUGUGCACACAUAAUAAUGCAUUAUUCUACGAGAGUACUUAAACACUUAACCCCAGUGAUCUGUGUUAAUUGCCUAUUGUAUAAUGCAACCACUUAUUUGGACAGCACAUAAAUAAACAUACAUUUUAGUUUUCAUUAGUUUUACGGAAUACAUAAGGAAUAAAAAAAAUGACUUUUUAAUGGUAACAAAUCUAACAAAUAUCUAACAAAUGCCGGUGUUAUGUUUCUCCACCAGUGUUAAUGUCAUGUAAUUGAGAUUAACAAAGUGUGAUAUAAGGAAUGAUAAAUGACACGUUUCUUUAAUCUGGAGAUAGGCUGGUCCUCCUGUUUCAGAGCUGUUGUGCUCUAGACGAAAACCAGAUUUUCGGCUUGAUGGCUUUGGUAAAUAAAAUGCUUUUUUUUUUGUUGAGCAUCUCAGAGGUUUGAAGAUGGUUUGGGACAAUCAGGGAAGCUUUUUGUGUGACAUACUAACUUCAUACACAACUGUGUUUUUGGAGGGGUCUUCCCUUACCAAAGCAAGCUAAACAACUGAAUGAUUUCAAUGUUUAAUUCCACCUAGAGAUAUAGUUUUAGCUUUGGUUAAAUUGCGAAAUCUAACUAAUUUGUUUAUUUCUCUUUCAACCAAUCACAUGUGGCCAUUUUCUAGGCAAAUGAUGGCCUUUGGCAUUCUGGCAGACACUCCCUAUUUUGCAUGUUUGAUGUCUGAGGUCUGACUUGAGUUGACAGAGGCGUGAAAAAUUCUUUGCAAGGAAUUUGCAUAAAAUUGCUCAAUAUCCUGACAAAUGUCCAUCAUUCUCAUUUUAAUCCUCAGUUUUCUCUCUCUCACUGACAUGCAAGCAAGCGAAAGCCUUUGAUAAUCAGUGUCUGAUACUGAUUCUUUUAACUCAGCCAGAUCAAUCAUGGCACCGGAUCUUUAUAUUGACACUUUGGCGGUAUAGCAGCCGGGUCUUUACUCAGUCUGUGCCUCACUCUCAACCUUUUAAUAAGCAUGUGGACGAGUAUGCAAACAUCUAUCAGGCACUGAGGCCCCAUGACACUCCCCAGCAGACCUAUCAAGUAAUCUAUAUAUAUAUAUGUAAUUGUAAUGCUGUUGUUUUAUCCUGUUUUCCUCUUUUGAUGUCUGACUGUACUUUACAUGUGUGACAGACUUUUUUUUUACCGCAUAAUACUAUGCUAGGUUAGGUUUAUUUGUGCAUUUUUUUUAAUUAUGUUUUGAAUACACUGAGAAUUGUAACUAUUUCCUAAAAUAUGAUCACAGGAUAAUGCUGAUUUUCAGGCCCCUAGAGAUUUAUUUUUAGCUAAUUCUCCCUCACAUUUUCCUGAAAGUGAUAUUU